AGCCGUCUUAUAAAAUAAUUUUGGAGAUUAUAAAAUCACAGCUGCCAAAGGUAUCAAUAAAAAACCCCGGAAAACCCUGGCCAAAAUAUUCACUUCCUGGUGCCCAGACGACUGGACUAUAGCUUACUCGUCGGACAAGUGUAUAUGAAAUGGGUACUUUGCUCACUUUGCCGAAACUUAUGUUGUUGUUCUUCUUAAUUAAAGAAAGCGAUUCGUAUUCUAAAUAUGAAACUAUUGCCGGACAAUACAUGGCUAGUGACGACACUGUAAGAACUGUUAGUGUCACUGGUGGAAUUCCCUUUGGAAAGAAAAUCUUCAACCAAGUUCAUUUUAGCACUAACGGGCUGGUUACGUUUGAGAGUCCAGUUUAUACCUUUACACCACCCUCAACACCUCAAACAUAUCAUUUGCUUGCACCAUACUGGACGGACCUUUAUCCACUCGGUACCAAUGAAGCACACGUGUAUUAUAGGGACAAUGACCAAUCAGAUAUUGAUAAGGCCUCGAACGAUGUCAGGACGUUUGCAAAAAUACCCUCUUUCCAAGCAAAGUGGGUAUUGGUUGUAACGUGGUCAAAAACACCUUUUUACCGUAUGGCAUACGGUCUGAGAGUGACCGUGCAGUGUGUUCUGAUCACAGACCACGUCUCCACCUACACCAUCUACCAUUACAUAGAUGUGAACAUCGCUAACCAGGGACACAACAUAAGAAUGGGGUACAAUAACAACGAUUUGACACCCUAUUCCUUCACCGAUUCUGCGUAUAGAAUGAGCCUUUUUCCUGGAAACACAGGCUUAACAGGGGUUUGGUUUUUCACUCUUGCAACAGAUGGCAAUGACUGUGAUUCAAGCCCUUGUCUUAACAAUGGAACGUGCCAGGAUCUGUAUGGGGAGUUUAAUUGUUACUGUCCAUCAGGCUUUACUGGCAAAAUGUGCCAAACAGAUAUCGAUGAGUGCAUUGCCCAGCCAUGCUACCACGGGUCUUGUCACAAUACGAACGGGAGUUAUUACUGCUCUUGCUUGGUUGGUUGGACGGGACAGCACUGCGAUACUGAUAUAAAUGAGUGUUUAAAUGUCGGAAUCUGCAACCACGGAACAUGCGAGAAUACAGACGGCUCGUUCCAUUGUAAAUGUUUGUUUGGAUGGAGUGGACCACGAUGUGAUCAAGAUAUUGACGAGUGCGCUGUUUCGUCACCAUGUUGCAAUGGCGGAAGUUGUGUUAACAAUCCAGGGUCGUUUUCCUGUAGCUGCGCAUUAGGGUGGACAGGAACGGUUUGCGAAAAAGAUGUCGACGAAUGCAGUGGUAUACCAUGCAGUAAUAGCGGGGUUUGCUAUAACACCCCCGGAAGUUACUUUUGCAACUGUCGCCAUGGUUUCACGGAUGACUAUUGCAAUACAGACACAGAUGAAUGUACAACAUCUCAAAUCUGUCAGAAUGGGGGGGCCUGUAUAGAUAAACCAGGCUACUCCGUCUGUGAGUGCGAUAGCAGACAGGGAGUUACCGGGCGUUAUUGUGAACAAGACAUACAGGAAUGUAACCUUGGUAUUACUGCCUGCCAGAGGAAUUCAACAUGUACAAAUACACAAGGUUCAUUUAACUGCACAUGCGCAAAAACCGACAAGGGAGAAUUUUGCCAAAAUGAAAGAAAUGCAUGCGAGUUUUCUCCCUGUAAAAAUGGCGGAAGAUGCGAAAUAGUGAACGCUACAUUUUUCUGUCGAUGUCCCUUUGGUUACACGGGAGAUAGAUGUGAAACGGAUGCAAAUGAAUGCUCCUUACAUGCUUGCAAAAACAAUGGAACUUGUCAAAACACCAAUGGAAGUUUUACAUGUAACUGUACUAGCGGUUUUAGAGGACCGAGCUGCAAUGAAGACGUUAAUGAGUGCUUGUCAUCUCCUUGUGGAAACAACAGUCUCUGUGUUAACACAUACGGAGGGUUUGUGUGUGUUUGUCUGCACGGUUUCCAUGGAGAUCUAUGUGAAACAGGACCCUGUAGUAACGUGAGUUGUGAAAACAAUGGGACAUGCAUUGAGUUUGGGAUUUCUGCAAUUUGUGGUUGUCCUCCCGGCUUCACGGGGGUUUAUUGUGGGCAAGAGGUCAAUGAAUGCGAUUUAGACCCUUGUCCAGAGAAUUUUACUUGUAACAACACCGUCACUUCGUUUGAUUGUCUCAAUUGCAAUGUUUCAUCAGACAGCUGCACAACUGAUGUCACCCACGUAUGCAGUAGUUCUCCUUGCCAAAACGAGGGUUUGUGUCUGGUCAGGAAUGAUUCUUUCACCUGUAUAUGUACACAAGGCUGGACAGGGAACAAUUGUGAAUCAGCAAUUGAUAAUUGUCAAAAUGUUACCUGUCAAAACAAUGGGAGUUGUGCAUCAAUGUUCGAUAACUCCAGCUGCGUCUGUCAACCUGGAUUUAAUGGAGAAUUUUGCGAAACAGAUAUAGACGAAUGUUUGUACAACCCAUGCUUCAAUGGCGGAAACUGCACCAACCAAAAUGGUAGUUUCUCUUGCGCCUGCACAACAGGAUAUCAGGGCUUACAAUGUGAAAAUGAAAUUGAUCAUUGUACAUCUACUCCCUGUCUUAACAACGGUACAUGCAGUUCUAGGAAUGGUACUUUUGACUGUACCUGUAGCAAAGGGUGGAUAGGAAGGAUGUGUGAGCAAGAUGUUGAUGAGUGUUUGACCAGUCCAUGCUUUGGGAGCAGCACGUGUGUAAAUGUUGCUGGGUCCUUCCAUUGCCUCUGUCCUCCAGAUAGGGAAGGGGCGCAUUGUGAACUAGAUUAUGAUGAAUGUCAGAGUAACCCAUGUCAACAUGCCGGGAUCUGCAUCAACCUCUCUGGUGGAUUUGCGUGUGUUUGCGCUGCGGGAUUCACUGGAAGUGUUUGCGAAACAGAUAUUGAUGAAUGUCUCAAUGGUCCUUGCCACAAUAACGGUACCUGUAUUAACACCGAGGGUAGCUACCACUGCUAUUGUGGGACAGCGUGGACGGGCGAAAGUUGUCAAACAGAUGUCGACGAAUGCACCUUGAUUGGCUGUAGAAACAACGGCACGUGUACAAAUACGGACGGCUCUUAUCGAUGUCAAUGUGACGCUUAUUAUACGGGAGCAUAUUGCGAGGAAGAUAUCAAUGAGUGUGUCGUUCAACCUGAUAUUUGUAAAAAUGGAGGAACUUGUGAAAACCUUUGCGGAAGUUAUAAAUGCCAUUGCACUAAAGGAAACUCGGGAUACAACUGUGAUGGAGACGUCAAUGAGUGUUUGGAAUGGACCAUAGAACCACCCUGUAAACAUGGCGGACUUUGUACGAACACCAAGGGUUCUUUCUACUGCAACUGCACGUCCAACUGGACCGGAAGUGUUUGCGAUGAGGAUGUUAAUGAAUGUAGACAAUUUCCUUGUCAGAAUAAUGGUACCUGCUAUAAUUUUGAUGGAGGGUUUAACUGCACUUGUACACCUGGAUUUACUGGAGCUCUUUGUGAAAUAGAUAUCAACGAAUGCUUGUCGUAUCCUUGUCAAAACCACGCGACUUGCAUCAACACCCAUGGUUCGUAUUACUGCAAGUGUGGAGAAAAUUGGGACGGCAAACUCUGCGAAAUUGAUCUAUGUGAUACAAAGCCUGCCGAGUUGAUAAUUGUUGUUGAUACCACCUUAAGUACAUCGGAAGAAGUAUUCCAACAACAGAAGGACUUUAUUUCAAAUAUGAUUUCAAGGUUAACUCUUGCUGAUGAUAAAUUCAAAGUGGCAAUAGCAUCUUAUGGAACCAGCACGACCAUUGAUAUUAGCUUUGAUUCUUAUGGAAAUAAUAAAACUAUGUUACUAGACAGAGUAUCAAAACUAUCGUUCGUGAAUGGAACAACGGACAUCCAUAAUGCUUCGUACACCGUUCGAGAUAUGCUGAAUGUCAGCAGAGCGAGUAACCAUUUUGUCCUUUUCUUCACGGACGGGAUGCCAUCUGAUCUUCAGUUGGCCUUAAAUGGAACAGGGGAACUUCGGGCUCGAUUAUCUAACAGCAGUUCUUUGAGUGAACUCAUGUUUGUGUCGUUUGGCAAUGACGUCAGACACGAAGGACUGAAAAGGAUGUCGGGAGAUCCAAUGCUCAGAGAUAUAUUUACGCACAUUUCAAUGGAUCCUAUGUAUCACGUGAUGAAGAAACUGGUCCAUAACAGAUGCACAGCAUGUUACAGCCAAGAAAUGCUGGACGUAAUAUUUGUACUGGAUAUAUCUUCAAGGCUAACACAAGAAACGUUUUCUGGAAGUCUAAGAAUCAUCAACUCAAUAUUAGACAGCAUAAAGCCGUUUGUCUUGUUAGGCCCAAAUAAUACUCAAAUGGGCGCUGUACAUUUUUCAAAUGAACCAUUUCUGUUAAUGCAGCUGAAUGAGACAUAUGACUAUAACCACUUUGCUAGCAAGAUGAUGGGUAUAGUGCAAGAUAAUCGGGAAUUCACAAACUCUAGUUCUGAAGUAGCUAAAGCUCUGGAAUAUGCAAAAACUUGUCUUACAACGAAAGAAUACGGAGCUCGUGAUUCUUCAAGAAAGCUCCUUGUUCAUCUUUACACUGGGUUCGACUCGAACGUCACUGAGACUGUAGCAGUGACGCAAUCGCUAACACGUGAACAAAUCACGGUCAUUUCUAUUGGGGUUGGUAAGGAGUACAAUGAUGAUGAUGUAUUAUCCACAGCGUCCAGUGCAUUUCACGCCUUCUUCGCCGAUUAUGAUGACAGUAACAACAGAUGGGGACUAACUGACGUGGAGCUGAAGUUCAUCAGUAAACUUGAUUCUUUAGUUUGUAGUGAACGGGUCAACAGCUAAACGUUUUCUGCACAGUAACAAUAACUUGCUAGCCUCACAUGCAAACCUGAUCCUUGAAAAUGUAUUUUUCUUGGACAGGAAUCGUUCCCUGGUCACUUCCGAAUUUAAGGAAAAUAGAGAAUUCAAAGGGCAUUGUUGGCGGCAGUCUGAUAUAUUCAAGACAAGUGACGAGAAAUAUCCUUAUUCACCCCUGCGAAUGUCAUUUAAAUUUUAAACCACAUGGUUUUAUUUGACCCUUUCAGUUUCGCAGUAAAAAUCAUGCCUCGUGUUUAUAGUCUAUUUCAUAGAAUCUAGGUAUUUGUAAUCAAAUAUAAAAUCUAGAGGUUUAUUGAUUUUAUCUUUAUAUUCAUUAAUUGGUUGAUAAAAUGUGUUCUAGAAAUAAAUGUGACAAUACAAUAAAAAAGUUUUUGUUUGCUGUUGCAACAAUUAACAUGCUUUAAUAAAUCCUCCAUAGGAUUAAUUAUCGAUCCGCGCCUGACCUAGUGAUAGCAUCAAUAGUGAAACAGACUAUACUAUUUUAUGCAGAAGGUUCCUUGAAAAUGGCUCGAUUUACUAGGUUUUUAUGCAAAACAGACACACAUUUUUUUCUAAAAACAUGUUUAUUUUAAUCACUCUACACGUGGUUGAACACGAACGAUAACUCUGUUCAGAAUAUCAUCGUUUAAUAUAAAUAACCGUUAGAUGGUGAAAUAAGACAUACGUCUGAAAAGAUUUUCAUGUUUUAACAUAAAUCAAAGUAUGAUAUGAUAUGAAAAUCGACCAGUACUUACGUAUUUUGAGAAUAUUAUCCGAACAAUUAUACUUCCGCUCAAAAUUUCACAGGAACUGAACAAAUCUCGGGGAAGUCUCGUGAACUUUCAUUCGAGCACCUCUGGAUAUAUUACAUACUUAGCAACGAUAAAGAAAACAUUCCGAACACAUUUGCAGGGGUGUUUUUUUAAGUCGGGUUGUAUUGCAAUAUCAGAGUGUUAUAUAUAUAUAUAUAUAUAUAUAUAUAUAUAUAUAUAUAUAUAUAUAUAUAUAUAUAUAUAUAUAUAUAUAUAUAUAAGUACGACACUGAACAAUAUCUUAAGAUAUUUAAAACAGAUGUGAUUUACUUAGCAUGUAUACAUAGUAAUAAAUUGUAAAAAGUAAUAAAAUGCCUCUUGGCAAUGUACAGGUAUGAUAGAUCACCUUCAUUGUGGUGUUCUUUUUGUACUGAUGUCAAUAUACAAAUUCAUGAAAUUUGGUAUGGGAAGUCAAUGGAAUUUUCUCUGCCUGAUCUCGUUCAACUUUACUUCUUUUUAAACAACUUUAGUUAUGUCCGUUAUUAUCCCCUCGCGCAACUUGUUGCGAGGGGUAUAUAGCGUCACUGCUGUACGUGUGUGUGUAUGUAUGUACAUUAUGUAUGUGUGUAUGUGUGUGUCCAUUUUCAUCUCUUUAGCAAAAUUCCAAGAAAACCUUGUAAUAAAUAUUCAUCAAACUUUGUAUACUUCUUUUGCAUGUUAAAAGGACAAACCCGAUUGUUUUCCAAGUCAAAUGAUUCAAUAUGUUAAAAUAAUCGUAAAAAAGCGAAGUUAUAACAUGAAUUUAUGUACGACUUGACAAUAGACAUUUCUGGUAAUUUUAUGUACGACUUUAAGAAAAUCGCUACCGUAUGCGGUUCAAAACAACAACUUGAUAUUUUUGGGAUUUUAACCUAGUAAAGGUAAAAAAACCCAAACGUUUUGUAGUAUUAGAGGAUUAGAAGAUUGCCCAUAGGUAAAAGUUGAAGAGGGCAAGAAAUUAAAGUCAUCCGAUUGACAUCGAAACAAGCAGUCGACUUUCGGACAAAUUUUCCCGUAUUAAUUUCAAAAGAACUAGUCCAAAAUUCAGGGGAGACUUUAGCAGAUAUCGCAUAUUUAUCACGCGAAGAUUGUUUUAUAUUAAUAAUACUUGCAUAUCUACUACUAUGGGUUGACAUACCACAAGCAACUACAAUUGUCCAUCAGAGCAGACAACAGAUCACUAGAUCUUCAGCUACAAUGUACAUUUCAUAAUAUACAUGUAUACGGAUCGUUUAUGUAUGCUUAAUAAAAAUGAAUGUCACUUAA